CACACGCACACGCACACGCACACGCUCACAAUACAAAUGGCUCAAUUCUGGAAACCAGGGACAGAGAGGCCUCGUAUACUGGACGAUGAAGAAGGGGGUGUUCUGUUCUACUCUGCCUCUCCCUCUUCCUCUUCUGGAUUUGGUUAUGCGAGUAUUGAGAAGCAGAGGCAGAGAUUGCCUGUGUAUAAGUAUAGAACGGCCAUUCUUUAUCUGGUGGAGACUCAUGCCACUACUAUCAUUGUUGGUGAAACAGGCAGUGGCAAGACUACCCAGAUUCCUCAGUACCUCAAAGAAGCAGGCUGGGCUGAUGGCGGGCGUGUGAUUGCUUGCACCCAACCAAGGCGGCUGGCUGUCCAGACAGUUGCUUCAAGGGUAGCUGAAGAGAUGGAUGUCAAGCUUGGGGAGGAAGUUGGUUAUACUAUUCGAUUUGAAGAUAAUACGAAUUCAAGCUUAACUCGUAUCAAAUUUCUCACGGAUGGGGUGUUACUGAGAGAAAUGAUGAAUGACCCUCUUCUGAGCAAGUACAGUGUUAUAAUGGUAGAUGAAGCUCAUGAAAGGUCUCUUUCAACAGACAUCUUGUUGGGUCUCUUGAAAAAGAUCCAGCGGCGCAGACCUGAGCUGCGUCUGAUUAUCGCAUCGGCUACAAUUGAAGCCAAAUCAAUGGCCUCUUUUUUCCAGCCCAGAAGGCGUCGAGGACUGGAAGGUGAUGAGCAUGGAUCGAGUACAGAGCCUGCCAUUCUGUCAGUCGAAGGUAGAGGAUAUAAUGUACAGAUUUUUUAUGUUGAGGAGGCUGUUCCUGAUUAUCUCCGAGCUGCUGUUACAACAGUAUUGUCAAUUCAUGAGCAGGAUUCAAUGGGAGAUAUCCUUGUAUUCCUAACAGGUCAAGAUGAUAUUGAUGCUGCGGUUCAGUUGCUCACAGAAGAAGCUCAAAAUAGUAAAAAGUGCUCUUCAGAUGCCCUCCAAACAUCAAAAGCCACCAUCAAGGGAGCCCUAGAUUUCUAUAUGCCUUUUCAAGAAAAAUCUGUCUGUUCCCUGCGUUUAGCAGAGCAUAGGUUAAUUGUUUUGCCUUUGUAUUCUGGACUGUCACGUGCAGAUCAGGACCUUGUGUUUUUGCCCACUCCUAGAGGGAAGAGGAAGGUGGUGAUAUCAACAAAUAUUGCAGAGACAUCAUUGACUUUGGAGGGUAUCGUCUAUGUUGUUGAUAGUGGAUUCUCAAAACAGCGGUUCUACAACCCGAUUACAGAUAUUGAAAAUUUGGUAGUGGCACCAAUAUCCAAGGCAUCUGCUAGGCAAAGGGCUGGUAGGGCUGGAAGAGUGCGACCGGGAAGGUGUUACAGUUGCACUUACAUCCUCAAUGUUCUUCAUAUGUUGCAAUUACCUGUGAGCCUGAUUGGUGGCCGUAACAGGCUUUAUACAGAAGAGUAUUAUGUCAAUGACAUGUCUGCUGAGGGGAUUCCAGAGAUACAGAGAUCAAACCUUGUCUCCUGUGUGAUUCAGUUGAAGGCCUUGGGCAUAGAUAAUAUCUUAGGCUUUGAUUGGCCAGCAUCUCCAUCUCCUGAAGCAAUGAUCAGAGCACUUGAAAUUCUCUAUUCUCUUGGAGUCCUUGAUGAUGAUGCCAAACUUACUUCACCUGCUGGUUUCCAAGUUGCGGAGAUUCCAUUGAUUACUGUUGACAGCUCUGAUGGGCAUAGCAUGUAUGAUGUUUCUUGUCAUGCUCGAUGUGAUAACACUGAUCCAAUGAUCUCAAAAAUGAUCUUAGCGUCAAACCAACUUGGGUGUUCAGAAGAAAUCAUCACUAUUGCUGCCAUUCUUUCCAUACAGUCUAUCUGGGAUUCUGUCGGGGGAUCACAGAAGAAAUUGGAUGAAGCCAAGAUGAGAUUUGCUGCUGCUGAGGGUGAUCAUGUGACCUUUCUAAAUGUUUACAAAGGAUUUCUUCAGUCUAAUAAAUCUUCAAAGUGGUGUCAUAAGAACUUUGUAAACUAUCAUGCCAUGAAAAAAGUUGUUGAAAUUAGAGAGCAACUCAGAAGAGUAGCACAGCAGCUAGGCAUAGUUCUAAAAUCGUGUGAAAGUGAUAUGCAGGUAGUAAGAAAGGCAGUUACUACUGGAUUUUUUGCUUAUGCGUGUCAUUUAGAAGCUUACAGUCACAAUGGGAUGUACAAGACUCUUAGAAGCUCUCAAGAAGUUUAUAUUCAUCCCUCAUCUGUGUUAUUCAGAAAGAUAAUGAAAGGUGAAUGCUGAAACAUGCAUGUGACCUUACUGAUGAUAAAAUGAUCGGAGUUGACAUGAGCAGUGGUACCGAUAGCUGAAUUGAGAGCAUUGAAAUGGAUGUGCCAGUGCCAAUUGGCUGCAUUUUUUCAUGAGUAAAUCCAAAGUGGAUCGUAUACCAUUCCCUUGUCUCAACUGAUCGACAAUACAUGCGCAAUGUCAUCUCCAUAGAUCCUUCUUGGCUGAUAGAAGUGGCUCCGCAUUUCUACCAGCGCCAACAGCUCAAUCCCCAUGCUCACUGAUGGCUUCUAUUUUGCUGGUUGGUGGAGUUUGCUCAACCAGGAACCCUCAAGCACCAUACUGCUUGAUACUUUCUUCUACAAAGCGUGGAGGGAUCACCCUUAUCCACAUAGAGCUGGGAAUUUAUCUACAUAUACAGCUUGUAACCUUAAAAAUUGUUUAUUAAUGGACGAUACUGCAGCUGAUAUCUGUCUGUACCUUGUAAAAUUUUUGGGGGAGGAUUUCGACCAGAGCUGAUUAUCUUGUUUGAAUUUGGAGCUGCCAAAUUUUGAUGAAGAUUUUUGUUCCCUUAAUCCAGUCUGGUGUUCGUCUGAUUGUAUAGUUUUUGCACACAAAAGAACACACAGGGAAUGAGAACUCACUCUUUUC